AUGGAUGAGACUUCUGCAGCUUGUGAAGACUUGCGUUACUUUGAAAGGCGCCUGACAGAAGUGAUUCAAAGUAUGCAACCAGCUGCAACAAGAUGGCGAUUGGUGUUAUUAAUUGCAUUUGGAUGCACAUUGUGGAGCGCCUACUUCUGGCUGAAGGAUCCCUCUAUACGUACUGUAACUUUGGUUGAAUCACUGCAAAAUCAUCUUGUCUUUUCGGCUUGUGUGCCUUCACUGUUAUUUCUCUUUGGCUUUAUUGGAAUACAUAACCGUGCUGUUGCACCAAGCAUCAUUGCUUCACGGUGUCGUACGGUGUUGGCAGACUUCAGUCUUAGCUGUGAUGAUAGUGGGAAACUGAUUGUGAGGCCGCCACAUCGGGUGCAUGUGUCGCCAUGA